GGGGCUUGCACACAAGUCUAUCAGUUACCAGGUAUAAACCUGGAAUAGAAGCUGCUGAAAAAAUCAAUUUGACGAGAAGGGUGAAUAUUCUGUUACCUAAGGAUUUUUUAAGACAUGUUUCUCAACCCUGACUUCGAUUCAAUGUCUCGCUGUAGCACCGAAUCUCCUGUUGGGGACACCCUGACGUACUAUCAGAAGACACAAGACGACUCUAUCUCCAGCUCCUCAGCUUCGCCAUCAGAGAGUAAUGCACAGGAGCUCUGCCCAGACAUGGAUAUACCAGCCACUCCAUUUGUUCCAACAGUGACUGCAAUUUCCACAACCCCGGAUUUGCUAUGGAUGGUCCAGCCGACCAUUAUAACGUCUCUCUCCCCAUCUCUGAGUAGCAAACAAACCAAUGAAGCAAAGAGCACUCUCCAGUCAACACCCAAAGCGGGCGACAGCAGGGGAAAAAACACUGGCAGAAAGGGGAAAACCGAGCAGUUAUCUCCAGAGGAAGAAGAGAAGAAGAGGGUGAGGAGAGAGAGAAAUAAAAUGGCUGCAGCCAAAUGUCGCAACAGACGGAGGGAACUCACUGAUUCACUGCAAACUGAGACUGAUCAACUGGAGGAAGACAAAGCAGCUCUGCAGACAGAGAUAGCCAACCUCCUCAAAGAGAAAGAGAGGCUGGAAUUUGUCCUCGCUACUCAUAAACCUGUGUGCCAAAUUACAGAAGAAUUGGAUUCCAUCUUCCAGGAGCCCAGUCGGUCUCCAGACCUCCCCCCCAGCCCGGAGGGGGGUAAACUCCCUGAGGACAGUGCUCAGGAAGCCCCCUCGCUCCAGGACAUGGACAUCCUCAAUGACACGUCCACAGCCAUCUCUGGAAACUCCAACAUCCUACUCUGUGCCAGUAUUGAAGUGAACAUCUGCGACCUUGAGCCCUCUUUGGACAUGAAGGAGGGUCUCCUGGACAAUCUGCUGCCCAGCAUGGAGGAGGAAGUCCCCACAGAGACUGCCCACUCUGUCCCAGAUAUUGACCUGAGUGGCUCUUUUGGGGUUACGGACUGGGAAACCCUGUACAAAUCUGUGUCUAAUGACCUAGAGCCCUUGAGCACUCCUGUUGUGACCUCCACCCCCACAUGUAGCAGCUACCUGUCCGUUUUCACAUUCUCCUGUCCUGAUCUUGACUCCUUUGGAGUGGGGUUUGACGGUCGCAAAAGUGGAGGGGGCAAGGCUGAAUCUGUUGAUAUCCUCAACUCUCCAACCCUGUUGGCCUUAUAAUGUAAGCAUAGGGAGUUGAUUGGUUUAUCACUUUAGUUGGUUUUCCUGACUGUGAUAGGCUAUCAGAGACUUUCUGUGGUUUCAGCACUUGUUUCAACACAAAUGUUUUUGACUAAGCCAGUAUAAACUUCUUCCAGAUACAAUUGAUAUAGCUAAAAGCAUGGCUAUACACUUUACUGAUAGGGAUUAAGUAUGUUCUGGUUUUAAACGCAUGCAGAGGAAUUCCAAAUAAUUGUGAUAUUUCAUAUAUGUUUGAUCUGGUACUAGAUCUAUGCUGUAUUGUGGAAUUGACUGUACGGUUUUGUGCUUCAAUGGGAAUAGUAUAUCAAUAGCUAUGAAUGUUGUGUUAUAGUUCAAGUAAACAUUCAUGUUCGGUAGGUACAUACCUCAACGUCAUCAACUGUGAUUUGACCUCAUUGUUACAAUGUUUAGAGUUUUCAAUGAAAAGAUCCAGUGCUAUAUUUAUCAAGAUGUAAAUUAUGAUAAUUUAUUUUUUUACCUUCAAUUUUGACUUGUUUGUCAAAUUAAAAAAGUAAAAUGAGCAUCGAUUGCUGAUUGAUACAUUUUCUAAUUAAAUAUUAAUUCAAAGUGAUGUUGGGUGCUUUAUUGAAUACUAAAUAUUAAAUCACUCAUACCAGCUAGUGUCACUCCAUUGAGUUUAACAAAUAUUGUAUAUAUUUUUUCAGAUAAGACAAAUUAUAUGGUCACCAGAAAAUCUAUUGAACAAAAAUAUAAAUGCAACAUGUAAAGUGUUGGUCCCCUGUUUCAUGAGCUGAAAUAAAAUAUCCCAGACAUUUUC